AUGAAGCUUUCGCGCACGAUUCGACAUCUUCUCAGUUAUGGCCUGGAUUGGGUCUUCGGAAUCGUGCUCGCGAUAUUCUUCAACUUUUACCUCGACAAGUUUCAACACUUCAAUCGUUUCGAUAUCAAUGACACCGACAUCCAGUACCCCUUCGAAGGGAGUGAAGUUGUUCCAACCAUUCUCCUUGGUGUAGUCAUUCUGUCGGGCUACGUGAUCAUAGGCAUAGGCAACCUCGUCUUCCUGAGGUCAUGGUGGGAUCUGCAUCACAGCAUGCUUGGAGUUUCUGUUGCCCUGUUCUUCACUGGUUCCAUUACGCAGGCAGUUCGUAUCACAGUUGGCAGACCAAGGCCAGACUUUAUAUCAAGAUGCCUGCCCCGAGAGGGAACGGAGAACGCGAAGCCCUUUGGGUUGGUCGACAUAAGUGUCUGUACGGCGGACACUACCUCGCUCUUCUUCAAGGAGGGUGCACGAAGCUUCUUCAGCGGUCAUGCUAGUCUUACAGCUGCGUCGCUGGGCUUUGCAUCUCUGUACCUCGCUGGAAAGCUGCACGUCUUUAACAAGAAGGGGUACACAACCAAAGUCUGGCUCGUUUUCACUCCUCUGUUCGGUUCAAUAUUCGUCUCAAUUACUCGUCUGAUGGACCAUCGUCACCACUGGGAAGACGUUACGGUUGGAAUGCUGGUCGGCCUACUAUUUGCCUAUAUCUUCUACAGACAAUUCUAUCCAUCACUCGAGGAUCCAGAAUCCCAUAUACCUUUCCCUCCAAGAAUACCCUUUGAACCCACGACCCGCGAGCCUCCAAGACGACAGGACAAUCGUGUCUGGAAGCGAGUGCCAGACGACGAGGGAGAACAGAUAAUGCUGGUAGAACCUUGGAGGCCCACAUCCGACCUUGAAGCAGGUCGACAAUCUCCCCACGACACAGCUUACAUAGGUCGCCCAAGUUGA